GGAUGGCGUCACAAAGAGGCCAAGAGUAAACAGAGUCAGCUGAGCCGAGCGCCCUUGGUCAGUGCAUGACGCAGCUCCGGACCAGACUCUGUAAAUCCUGACACAGGCUUCCUUACUAUUAAAUAAGAUCAUAUAGAAGUAGUUUUAGCCACUGUUCCUUUACUAUGUCUUCAACAGAUGACCUAGAAGCAAUAUUGCCGGAAGAUUUAGAAUCUUCUAUGGCAGCAUCAAGAAUAGAUGUAAAAGUAUACAAAAGACGAUGGUGGAUAUUAUUCCUCUUUGCAGGAAUGGGAUUUAUGCAGUGUGCAGUGUGGAACACCUGGGGUCCUAUAACUUCAUCUGUAAAACUUGCUUACUCAUCAUGGACAGAUGCUGAAAUUGCUUUGCUUUCCAUGUGGGGUACAAUAACAAUGAUAUUUGGUCUAAUACCCAUGACUGCACUACUCCAGUUGAAAGGCAUUCGUGUAGCUUUACUGUUAACUGCAGUAUUUAUGGCUUUGGGAACAGGAAUCAGAUGUUUAACCACAGAUGAGAAAGCUUUUACUAUUUUAGCACAUGUGGGUGCAAUACUCAAUGGAUUGGGAGGCAUUGUUAUUGGAGCUGCUCCUUCUUUAGUUUCAUCCAGGUGGUUCCCUCCAAAUGAACGUACAACUGCCACAGGUAUAGGUUGUACAUUCAAUCAGUUAGGCAAUGCUGGGGGAUUUUUUUUCGGCCCAUGGUUGGUGCAUCUGCCAGGAAAUCACUCGAAGCCAGACAAUACCACAAGUGAUACUGAUGUUGAAGAUUUGAGAAGAGCUAUUUAUGACUACAUGUGGAUAACUGCUGGAAUCUGUGUUGCUCUUCUUCUUGGGGUCAUAGCUUACUUUCCAGACAAGCCGUGUAAACCUCCAUCGGUUACUUCCUCACUUCGUGAACAACAGCAUCCUUUGAAAGAAGAAGUUGUUAAACUUAUAAGCAACAAAAACCUCUGGCUUCUAGUCUUGCCGUACAGUAUUACUCUUGGGGUCAACGUAGCUUGGUCAAGUGUCCUUGACAUCAAUCUUGCACCUUUUGAUAUAUCCCAGAGACUAGAGCCCAAUGUAGGGGAUCACCCUUAUAUAGGACCUCAGCCCUCGACCCAACUAAUCUGUCCACUUCCUAAGGAUUGGUCAGACUGUAAAAAUUACUUGCUUGUGGACUAUGAUGCCUUCAAUGUCCCUGACCUGGUCAUGACCAUUCAAACUUUUUCCUCAUACAAUGUAACACUCCCUUCCUCAGAUACAUAG